CACUGUCACCUAAAAUGUCAGCAAAGACUCUUGUAUACGGCGCUAGCGUCUUGAGUGGUUUCGCUAUUCUUGGAUGUGUGUUCACUGUUGGAUACAUUUUCAAUGAUAUCAAUGAAUUCUACGAACAAACUAUGGAGACAAUGGAUGAAUUCAAGUUGAACGAACGUGGUGCCUGGCAUGGAAUGGUUGAGCGUACUCGUGCUCCAUCUGAGAUUCUUUUCGGACGUGCUAAGAGACAAGCGGGGCAAUGCAACUGUGGUGCUCAAUCAUCUGGAUGCCCAGCUGGACCACCAGGACCACCAGGAGCCCCAGGAGCACCAGGAGAUGAUGGACAUGCUGGAGAAGCUGGAAAGCCAGGAACCGCCGGUGUUGCUGUUGGUAUUGUUUCGGAGGGUGGACCAUGCAUCAAGUGCCCAGCUGGUGAGCCAGGACCAGCCGGAGAGGCAGGAGCUCCAGGACCAGCCGGACCAGACGGACAACCAGGACAAGAUGGACAAGGAGGACAGCCAGGACCAGCAGGACCAGCCGGACCAGCCGGAGAUGCCGGAGCACCAGGAGCACCAGGACAAGAUGGACAGCCAGGAGCCCCAGGACAAGAUGGACAAAGAUCUACUGGAACCCCAGGAGCUGCCGGAGCACCAGGACCAGCUGGACCAGCAGGACAAGAUGGACAACCAGGAUCUGAUGGAGGACCAGGAGAGGCAGGAGCUCCAGGAGCACCAGGACCAGACGGACAACCAGGACAACCAGGACAAGACGGAGAAGCUGGAGCUCCAGGACAAGAUGGACAACCAGGAUCCGAUGCUGCUUAUUGUCCAUGCCCAGCAAGAUCUGUUGCUGUUCAACGCAGUGUUUCUCGUAGAAGAGCAUCAAAGGUCGUUGUCGCUUAAACAACCUGAAUUAUAUUUGUAUAUCAAUAAAGAUUUAUUCUCGAAA